UGCAGUUUCUAAAGUGCUUAGAACAAUUAACUUGAACAAAAUGACAGCCUUGAAUCGGGAUCAACGUCUUGUGUUUCUGUUGGCCAUAUUCUCGAUAUGGAGUGGUUGUGUUUGGAGAGUUUCAGAGGCGCAGACCUUUACUGCUGAGGAUCGUAACUCCAUACAAAAGUUCAUGGACUCGCUGAUAAAUUUCCUGGAGCUGGAAGCGAGCAAUAUAAACACCACAUUAACCACUCCUUUGAAUGGCACUAGUGUGGGGACCACAACUUUGGCAUCAGUAAAUUCCACAGAGUUAACAACGGAGACUCCAGUAACAACUGCAGACCCCACAACUAAUGUUUUGGAUGGCUCCACCUCCACUUUGGAUUCUACAACGGUGGCCUUCAACCCUACAACUCCUGAAAUAAUUCAAACUACGAGAAGACAAAGGAUUUGCUUUAAGCGAUUUUGCUACAAAUUCAGCAACGAUAAGGGAUACAUAAUAUAGUUAAAAUAAAUCUUUCCUUGAACCUA